AUGAUUGUCUUUGCUGCCUUAGCCUAUGCUAAUAUCAAAUACCUUCAUCAAAGACAAAUGCGAACACAAGUUCAACAGCAAUUGACACAAAUGGUCAGUGCUCAAGCUUUUUUUGUUUUAAUUGGUACAAUUGCAUAUACAACACAGACCAUCUACAAUUUACUAACCAUGUCCACACAGAAAAGUACUCUUCGACAAGCAGAAGAAAAUGUUGCUCUUACGAUUACUGGAGUGCUUAGCUAUAUAGGUUAUGUAUUCAACUUUUAUAUCUACAUGGUAGUUUCUCCAUCACUUCGUAAACAGUUCAAACAAUUGAUCAAAAAUUUUUUACAUUAUCUCACUUGUCAUAUUAUUGUCACAAAUCGAACUGCACCAGUUCACAUUAUUCACAAUAACUAA